AGGAGUCUGAAGCAAGGUUCUUCCUAUCUUUAUCUCUGUAUUUCUUUCCUUUGGCAAACUUGCAACUUCUUGUCAAUUUAUCAGAGCUGAACAUCAAAAACUGGCAAGAUUUAAAAUCCACUAACAGAAAGCGAAAUAAGUUGGCAAAGAGAAUCAAAGAAGUUGUAACUUUUCCGAACGUCUCUUUUUCCUUUUUCUUGUUGGUUAGCAAAAUAGGUUUCAACUAUUUCUGCUUGAAGGUUGAAACUCCUUGGUUUUUUGUACACAUAGAUUUAGUUCCUUUUUCUCUAAAUGGCAGGGUUGUUCCUCAUGAUUGCUGCCGAUUAUUUUGGCUUGCAUGUGGGUUUAUUAUGAGGAGAAUUGAUUCUUUUUCUUGUUGAAGGAAUACAAGAAAAGAUCAACACGAGAGAAAUUAAACCCAGUUUUUGUUUUUCGUUUCCAGUCAUGGAGGCUACAGAGAUUUAGCAGACAUUUUAGUUUCCAGCAGUAAUUUGCGUUUAUUUCUUGGAUAGUCUAACUAUAACAAUUUCAGUGAUUUGAGGUGGUGAGAAUUACUUAUAUCCAAUAAGAAGAAGUUAUGCUGAGGAAUAGAUCAAGAGCAGUGACCAGCAAACAAGCUUUAAUGGCUGAUCACAGCUCUCAAUCACCUCCAAUCCAAAAUCAAACAAAAAAAGAUCCAUCUUUCUUUGGUUCUUCGAAGUUCAAAGCUUUCACAUUGAAGUGUUUUCCUGAAGUUGAACCUGCGAUUAGUCCUACCUCAAUCCUUGACUCUACUAAACUGUUCUCUCUUUCCAAAAACCCAUUUUGGUAUGACAAAAACCCACCUAAAUCCCCAAAAAAUUCCUCUGAAACCAAACACUCAUGGGACCAGUUGGACUCAAAAGGCAUUGGUAUUGCUCUUAUUGAUGAAGAAAAAUCCAAUGAAGAGCACAAUGCGUCUUUUUCUAUACCCAGUAACAGAAUGGUCUUGUUUGGGAACAAAAUAAGAGUCCAAAUUCCUCAGGUUGUAAACUUUACUCUUUCUCUAAGUAAGUCGCCUAAAUCCCCAGCUGAUUUUGGAAUUAAAAGCAAGAAUUCUCAAUUUUCAGUGUCUAGCUCUACAAAUUCUGGUACUCAAACAAAAGGAUUCCCUCAGGUGUUAACAGGAAGUCUAUCUAUGAGUGAAAUGGAGCUAUCUGAAGACUAUACAUGUGUUAUUUCUUAUGGUCCUAAUCCAAGAACUACUCAUAUAUUUGAUAAUUGUGUUUUGGAUAAUUUUUAUUCCUCAUCAGAUAAGUCCAACUCUGCCCCAAAGAAUUUCCUCAGCUUUUGUUACACAUGCAAGAAGAAUCUUGAACAGAAAAAUGACAUUUUUAUUUACAGAGGUGAAAAAGCCUUUUGCAGUCGAGAAUGCAGAUACCAAGAAAUGCUGAUAGAUGAAGUAGAGAAUUGAGAAUUUUGAUGGUAUUUAAAGGAAAAGUUUCCUAACUUCCUUGAAAAAGCCUUUUGCAGACCCAGAUCUUGCUAUAACAUAAUUCUCAGCUUUUCAGUUUUUCCAAUCUUGGGUUGGAUGAAGAAAACUAUGAAUAUGUACAACAAAAGUAUUUAAGUAGAUCUUUUUUUCCUUUUGUUUUUUAACCCUCUCACCUGCAGAUAGAGAUAAGAGAGGAUGAGAUAUGUAGAGUGGAAUUUGUUUAAAUGAUGACUAAUGUGAUAGCUUCUGCCCUUAUACCCGAAGUUUUUGGUCUUGCAGUGAAUGAUGAACUUGCCUAAACUUUUUUUUCCUUUUUGGUAGCUGUGAUUGUAUGCAGCAAUCAUCACUUGUAUUAUUAAAUUGGAUCAAGAUUCUCAACCUUGAUAUA